CCUUUUAAGAGCAAAAUCACAAUCUAUAAUGAACAGAGUUCAAGUGUCAAAACCUGUUGAGCAGUAUAUAUAAACUAUUGGUAACAAAAUGGAGUGUUCUAAACCCUUGUACUCUUUAAAUUUAAAUAUCUCAAUAUAGCUAUAUUUUUAUUCCAUCUUGUAUACAGUAGGUACUUAUUUUUAUACCGUAGCACAAAAAUAACUUUUUUAUCUGAAGCCAGUUUGAAAGUUUUCCCUGUGAUGGAUCUGUCUGAAUACAACUCGAAUAACUUCAUGAACUGCCACAUUGACUCAGCCGUGCCUGAAGUGUGCAAGACUGAGCCAUGCGUUCUGGGGGUGGAUGAAGCAGGAAGAGGACCUGUCUUAGGUCCAAUGGUGUAUGGCAUUUGCUACUGUCCAGUAUCUCGCAAUGAGGACCUCAAAGUCCUGGGUGCUGCUGACUCCAAAACCCUGACAGAGGCCCAGCGGGAGAAGCUCUUCCAGUCUAUACAUGAAAACAAUGACUACAUUGGCUGGUCCAUUGAAGUCAUCUCACCCACUUUCAUUUCCAACUGCAUGUACAAGAGGCCUAAAGUCUCGCUGAACGAAGUGUCGCACAACUCUGCCAUCACGCUCAUCAGACGCGCAAUGACCGCCGGCGCCAACAUCACCCAAGUCUUCGUGGACACCGUAGGACCGCCUGAGAAAUAUCAGGCGAAAUUGCAAGAAAUUUUCCCCACGUUGGACAUAACAGUUUCUAAAAAAGCAGACGCUCUUUAUCCUAGUCAGGGUGUGUCGUCUGUGCCAGGGUGUGUCGUCUGUGCCAGGGUCGCGCGUGACAGCGCUCUGGCUGCCUGGCAGUUCCCUGAAGGCAUCGAGGGUGGCACUUGGGGCAGCGGAUAUCCUGGCGAUGCGAUCACAAAAAACUUCCUACAGCGGACGCUCGAUCCGGUGUUUGGUUUUCCCAGCCUCGUCCGCUUUUCCUGGUCCACGGCGGAGUCCAUCUUGCAGACCAAAGGCGUGCCAGUAACGUGGGCGGAGGAAGAAGAAGCUGACAAGGAGAAGAAGAACACACCGUCUGUGCUUCAGUUCUUUGCCCGGCAAGCGGGCGGCGGUAGAAUGAAUGGCAGCGAAGAAAAUGGAGAUGGCGGGAGACGCGGCGCUGCUGCAGCACAGCGACACUUCUUCUUCAGCGACCGCUGCCUCCAGCCCUUGCAAUGCCUCUAGCGGGCCGAUUUAAUCAUCUUAAUUAUUGCUCUAGUGUUUGUGACGUUAUAUUUUAAUUACUUCGCUGUACUGUAACAUGACACAAGAGUAACUGUAUGCUGCGUGUAUUUACGUCAAUAAUUUUUGUGGGUUAGUUUUCAAGGGUCCGUUAGACGCUGGACGUCUCCGUUGCACGUACCCCCGUCUUGCUGGCUGAGCGACGCAUGCCAGUGAAACUGGAGCCGACUUACCUGACAGUCGCUUCAUUUUCUUAGCUCUUUGUAGGAAGAAAAUAUAAAAUCAUCUUUAUAAAAUUAAAUUUUGAGUAAAUUUGUACAAUGUUUAUGAUUUUUUUUUACGUUAUGGCUUUCUUAGGCCUGAUGGGGCUUUGGUCAAGGCGACAGGUCGGACUUGACCUGGGCUUCAAGUCCGACUUGUCAUAUUGAGGAGACAAAAGAAUAAACUGUGACAUGUCUAUUUAGUUAAGAGAAGUUAACGGUGCUUCUCUAAACGAAAUAAACUGGUUCCUUGAUUGUAUCUAUAUUGAUACAAUAAUAUGAAAUAGUGGUGUCAGCUUUGCUUAAGCCAUGUUGGCCUCCCGCCGAUUCUAAACCCCCUUGUCACCUCGCCGCUUUCGACCAGAAUUUUCACCUGUUGCAGGUUUCAAACCCGAAACUGUUGCUUCAAUCUUGGAACUCAAUAACCACUCUGCCACCUAAAUUAUCUUAUCAGUUUUUACGUCGACGAGUUUAACCUGAUGUCUGGUAAAUUUGCGGUUAAAUUAUCCUAUCUGACGUGUUGAAAUAUUUGUACAUUUUGAUUUUUGAGGUAUUCUCUGCUGACGUUCUUUAUGAAGAGAAGGGGUUGAGAGCCCUGGAUGAAAAGGGUAAAUAAAAAGUAAAAUGUGUCUCUAAAUUUCCUGUCAUUUCAUACGUGUUCGUAUAGCUUCAUUAAUCCUCUUCUAGGUACUCAUUAAUAUACUAAUUACCGAGGCUUAAAUAUCUCCC